AUGAAGAUUAAAUCAGCUGAACAUCUAUAACAAGGACAGGCAUAAUCUAAGGCCCAACAUGCAGCAGCAGGACAUGCGAUAUGCACAGCAACCAGUGUUGUGGAUGAACCAGCAUGAAAGACCGAUAAUUCUGACCCCUUCAGCAAUGCAACCGCCUCUGCCAACGCUUACUUUUCCAGAUUUCAGGAAAAAGAGACGCAAAGAUGGAACCUGUACCUUCCUCGUGAUUAUUUUUCUUCUGGUCCUUUUAGCUCUGGCAGGAGUUGGACUGGGAACUUAUAAAAUCAUACAACUACAGAAGGAGCUGGAAGGAUUCAGAGAGUUUCCCAGUGAUGCAGAGCAGUCUCCUUCAUCUGAGAAGUUAAUAGGGCUGGAACAACACCCAGAGAAAAAAGAAGGCAGAUUAGCUGCACACGUCACAGGAAAAGAGAGUAAAAAUUUGCCACUCACUUGGGAAGAUCAAAUUGGGAAUGCAUUUACUGCAGGCAUUCAGUACAAAAACAAAGGACUAAUCGUGAAUAAAACAGGCCUCCACUUCCUGUAUUCCUCCAUCUACUUCCGGGGGAAGGAAUGUCCCAAGCAAGAGUUGACACAUAUUGUGUACAAGAAGUCCUUACGGUAUCCAGCAGAAAUCAAACUCAUGGAAAAUAAAGAGGAUCACAACUGUAUCCCGCGCGUUGUGUGGGGAAGACACAGUUACCUGGGAGCCGUGUUCAACCUCAGCAGUUCCGAUGUCUUGUAUGUCAACGUCUCCAAUGUCAACUUAGUUGGCUUUGAUGAAACAAAAACAUUCUUUGGCCUCUACAGAUUAUGAUAAGAACUUAACAGUUCCCAAAUACAUUAGCUUAGAUGAUUUUAUUUUGAAGGUAGCCUUCAUCUGAUGCAUUCCCCGUGUAAGGGAAAACUCAGGUUAUAAUCUUCUGGUAUCAUAAGUGAUAUAUGGAAGAUGUGAAAUGAGAAUAUUUUUGAGGUUGUUACAUCCUAGAGAUUUCUAUACAGUUUCCAUGUUUUAAUGGAUAUGAGUUAUUUUUCUCUUUUCUGACGUCAAGAAAUGUCUACGUCAUUGGACUGGUUCAUUUUCUUCUCGGUCAAUAUAUUGGGCAUUCUUUCGAAGGACUGUCUAACAUGUAUAGGCAGCAUUUUAAAAGGAACAUAGACACUGAAAUUUUAGGAUGAAGACUAAAUUCAUGGAUGCAUUUAUAAAGAUUAUCUAGGUAGACUGUCAUAUGAUGCAGGGGUUUGGAGGAGUAUGAUUGAAUCAGAAGCAAAGAUUGGGGACAGUGGAAUAGUUAGUAACAAUUCUUGCUGAACGCUUCUAGAAGGCUAAGGUUUUUGAGUUGACAUCAUACUCUACCGCUAUAAUUACCACUUAAGGGAUGUAAAGAUUCAGACAUUAAUCUAAUGCAAAAUGAAUUUACAAAUUCAUCACUGUGUCAACAAUUCCAGAAAUGAAAAACCUUGAAUAGUCUAAAUGCUGCAGUAAAAUAACUUGGAAAGUCAUUAAUAAUAAGAAAGAAAAAUAUGAAUUCUAAAUUUGUUCAGUCUCACUAACUAGUAAUUGCAAUGUAUACUGUAUAAAGACAGACAUAUACUGUAUAACUUUAAAGGGUGUCUGUUAGUAGUUUUGACCAUAGAUAACUGCUGCACAACUGGGAAGAGUACUGCAAAUAUACCUUUUGUGCAGCUUUUCUCAUCAGGAACAAUGUGAAUAUGAAGUUUUAUUCUGCCAAAUGAUGCCAAAAAGUACUCUCUGC